AUGUCCUUCAACGUCAGAUCCACUGUCCUGGCUGCCCUCACCGGCGCUGCCUCGGUUUCUGCCCACGGCCACGUCUCCAACAUCGCUGUCGAUGGGGUUUCCUACGCUGGUUUCGAUCCUACCUCUGCCCCAUACACCACCCCUCCUGCCAGCAUUGCGUGGAGCAACGGUGCUACCGACAACGGUUUCGUGCUGUCCAGUGCUCUCCAAACCGACGACAUCAUCUGCCACCUAAGCGCCUCCAACGCCGCCCUUUCGGCCCCUGCCACGGCUGGCAGCAAAGUCUCCAUCACCUGGAACACCUGGCCCGAGACGCACAAGGGACCUGUCAUUGACUACCUUGCUGACUGUGGCGGUGACUGCUCCACUGUCGACAAGACCACCCUCAAGUGGUUCAAGGUGGCCGAGAUGGGCGAGCUUACGCUGGGAACGUCUGGGACUCCUGGUCGGUGGGCCGAUGACCUGAUCGUGGAUAACAGCUUCACAUGGACUACCACCAUUCCCGCAUCUGUCAAGCCCGGUAGCUACGUCAUGAGGCACGAAAUCAUCGCGCUCCAUGAGGGCGGAACCGAAGGCAAGACACAGAUGUACCCCCAGUGCUUUAACUUUGAGAUUUCGGGUUCCGGCUCCCAAUCACCCGAAGGUGUCGUCGGAACUGCUCUGUACACAUCGACAGAGGCUGGUAUCCUGCACAACAUAUAUGCUGACCAGGAAUUGUCGUCCGUUGACGACUACAAGAUUCCGGGACCAGCGCUGCCGAGCUUCGACGGCUCCUCCUCCGGCAGCGCCAGCGCUGCUUCUUCGGUAGAGACGCCUGCUGCGACUAGCACUGCCGCGGCGCAGACCGGCACCGCGACGGCGACCCCUGUGACGACCGGUGGCGUUGCUGCUACUACAAGUGCCGCUUCUGUCGUCGCAGAACCCACCACCAGCGCUGUCUCCACUGCUGAGCCGGCUGUUGCCACCUCCUCUUCGGCCGCUGCCACACCCACCGCCCACCACUGCUCAUCCAAGAAGCGCCGCCACACCCGUCAUGUCAGACACAUCCAGUAG